AUGGUUCUGCUGAAAGUAUUCCUCGUGCUUUGCUUCGUGGUGUAUGCUACGUCGCUGAAUGGACGUCCCGAUGUAGACUCAAAAAGCCCGGAUGGAAGAGAAGUUACGGCGCGUGACUCAGGUACACUUUCUGCUGGAGGUUCAGCCUAUCUGGAACUUUACAUAUAUUACAGUAGACACAUAAAAAAACGUCUUGGUGAUAAAAAAGAGGUGUUGGAAUAUUUGAAACAGUUUUUAAAAAAGAUAAACAAAAUACUGAACACUGCGAAACCAACACUAACUGUGCAGUUCAGUCUUCUGGGAGCCAGUCAAUGGAAUGAAGAUCACAGAGCUCUUACUGAAGACAGAAAAGCCCUAGAUGCCGAACUUUUGAUUGCUGUACUUGAGGUGUCCGGCGAGAGGCUUGCGAAGCGUCUGGAGAAGAAAAAGCACAGACAUAUUGAUGCUGUGUUGUUUCUCACCACGUCACACAUUAGAAAUGUAUCCAUGAGUGAGCUCGAAAUUACUAUCAAGAACAAUGACGUCACCAGCAAAGGGCGCGACAUUCUGACCGGCAUUGUAGGACGAAUCGGAGGUAUUUGUCUGACAGAACAUUUUGUCGCAGCCGUGACGGAUGACGGUAAAUUCCGUGGUGUUAAAAGGGCUGCGCGCCAGCUGUCACAUCUUAUGGGCGCCGUGGAAGACGGUCAAGGCCCUCCUGGUAGGGAAUAUGUUCGAGGAAGUGAUGGGUCCAUCGAGUGCAAGUACGAUGACGGCUAUCUUAUGGGGAAGCCGAAUGGGAAGAACGACGAAAAGCUCUCGAGGUGCACUGCGCAUGGGUUCAUAAAGGGUAUAAGGCAACAUGGAGACGGAUGUUACGACAGCACCCCACGCAACGAAUUGUUGGACAACGAAAUCCUGGAAUAA